ACUGCUGCUGGGUGUCCUCCUGGGAGCCUGGACAGAGCGCGGCCCUACCCAGCGAAGUGACCUUCGCCUCUCUGAGCCCUGGUUAAUUUUUGCCCAGUCUGAGGGCUGUGGGGCUCCUCCCCUCGGAGAUAUAAGCCUGGCCCCAGGCUGCCCUGUCUCCUGCCUGCCCAGAGCCUCCCGAGUGCCGUGCCCUCACCAUGGCCAAGGGUUUCUACAUUUCCAAGCCCCUGGGCAUCCUGGGCAUCAUCCUGGGCCUAGGGGCCGUGGCCACCAUCAUCGCCCUGUCCGUGGUGUACUCCCAGGAGAAGAACAAGAAUGCCGAGAACUCUGGGCCGGCCCCCACCAGCCCCAGCAGCACCGUGGCCACCACCUUGGACCAGAGCAAGCCGUGGAAUCGAUACCGCCUCCCCGGGACACUGGAGCCCGAGUCCUACAAGGUGAGGCUGAGGCCCUACCUCACCGCCAACAAGGACGGCCUGUACAUCUUCGAGGGCUCCAGCACUGUCCGCUUCAGAUGCAAGGAGGCCACCGACGUCAUCAUCAUCCACAGCAAGAAGCUCAAGUACGUUAAGACCCAGGAUCAGCACAUGGUGACCCUGCGGGGCGUGGACGGCGCCCCGGUCCCUGCCAUCGACAGGACGGAGCUGGUCGAGGUCACGGAGUACCUGGUGGUGCACCUGAAGGGCCAGCUGCAGCAGGGCAGCCUGUACGAGAUGGAGAGCCAGUUCGAGGGCGAGCUGGCCGACGACCUGGCCGGCUUCUACCGCAGCGAGUACAUGGACGGCGGUGUCAAAAAGGUGCUGGCCACGACGCAGAUGCAGUCGGCAGACGCCCGGAAGUCCUUCCCGUGCUUCGACGAGCCGGCCAUGAAAGCCCGGUUCAACAUCACCCUCGUCCACCCCAACAACCUCACGGCCCUGUCCAACAUGCUGCCUAAACACUCCAGCGUGCUGAAGGACGACCCCAGCUGGAACGAGACGGAGUUUGACACCACCCCUGUGAUGUCCACCUACCUGCUGGCCUACAUCGUGAGCGAGUUCACGUCCGUGGAGAAGACGGAGACCAUGGCGGCUGGCAACAACGUCCUGAUCCGGAUCUGGGCUCGGCCCAACGCGACCGCGGCAGGUCACGGUGAUUACGCCCUGAAGGUGACCGGCCCCAUCCUAAAAUUCUUUGCCGAUCACUAUGCCACGCCCUACCCCCUGGCAAAGUCCGACCAGAUCGGCCUGCCUGACUUCAACGCCGGCGCCAUGGAGAACUGGGGGCUGGUCACCUACCGGGAGAACUCCCUGCUGUUUGACCCCCAAGUGUCCUCCAGCAGCAACAAGGAGCGGGUGGUCACUGUGAUCGCCCACGAGCUGGCCCACCAGUGGUUUGGGAACCUGGUGACCGUGGCCUGGUGGAAUGACCUGUGGCUCAAUGAGGGCUUCGCCUCCUACGUGGAGUACCUGGGUGCUGACAAUGCCGAGCCCACGUGGAACCUGAAAGACAUGAUCGUGCAAAACGAGCUGUACCGUGUGAUGGCCGUGGACGCCCUGGCCUCCUCCCACCCGCUGACCACCGCCGCCGAGGAGGUCAACACUCCCGCCCAGAUCAGCGAGAUGUUCGACUCCAUCUCCUACAGCAAGGGAGCCUCUGUCCUCAGGAUGCUCUCCAGCUUCCUGACAGAGGAUCUGUUCAAGAAGGGCCUGGCGUCCUACCUCAGUGCCUUUGCCUACAAGAGUGCCACCUACCAGGACCUGUGGGUGCACCUGCAGAAGGCUGUGGACAAUCAGACGAACAUCGUGCUGCCUACAAACGUGAGCAAAAUCAUGGACCGCUGGAUCCUGCAGAUGGGCUUCCCCGUCAUCACCGUGGACACCAAGACGGGGAACGUCUCCCAGCAGCACUUCCUUCUGGACCCCCAGUCCAAGCCCACCCGCCCCUCACCAUUCAACUACCAGUGGAUCGUCCACAUCUCGUCUCUGAAAGCUGGCGUCAGGCAGAAGGACUACUGGCUGCAGGAAGCCAGCAAAGUCGAGGAACAGUUCAAGAUCGCACCCGACGACUGGGUGCUGCUGAACGUCGAUGUGACGGACUAUUACCUGGUGAAUUAUGACGAAGACAACUGGAGGAAGAUUCAGGGCCAGCUGAAGAAAAACCUGUCGGACAUCCCUGUCCUCAAUCGGGCGCAGGUCAUCCACGACAGCUUCGAUCUGGCCAGUGCCGGCAUGGUUGAUGUCACCCUGGCGCUGAACAACACCCUCUUCCUGAUCAAGGAGAAGGAAUACCUGCCCUGGCAGGCCGCCCUGAGCAGCCUGAACUACUUCAGGCUCAUGCUGGACCGCACCACCGCCUACACCCCCAUGCAGAACUACCUGAGGAAGCAGGUCACACCCCUCUUCGAGCAUUUUCGAAACGUCACCAACGACUGGACUCAGCGCCCACAAAAUCUGAUGGACCAGUACAACGAGGUGAACGCCAUCAGCACCGCCUGCUCCAAUGGGCUCCCUGGGUGCCAGAGCCUGGUGUCCGGACUUUUCCGCCAGUGGAUGGACAACCCCAGCAAUAACACAAUCCACCCCAACCUGCGGUCCACCGUCUACUGCAACGCCAUCGCCGAGGGUGGUGAGAAGGAGUGGAACUUCGCCUGGGAGCAGUUCCGAGCAGCCACGCUCGUCAACGAAGCCGACAAGCUGCGAGCGGCCCUGGCCUGCACCAAGCAGGUCUGGCUCCUGGACAGGUACCUGCGGUACACCCUGAACUCCACCCUCAUCCGGAAGCAGGACGCCACCUCCAGCAUCACCAGCAUCGCCAGCAACGUCGUGGGGCAAACUCUGGCCUGGAAUUUUGUCCAGACGAACUGGAAGAAGCUCUUUGAGGACUACGGUGGAGGCUCCUUCUCCUUCUCCAACCUCAUCCAGGCGGUCACGCGGCGCUUCUCCACUGAGGAAGAGCUGCAGGCGCUGGAGCAGUUCAAGGAGGACAACGCGGGCACAGGCUUCGGCUCGGCCACGCGGGCUCUGGAGCAGGCCCUGGAGAAGACCAGAACCAACAUCAAGUGGGUGAAGGACAAUAAGGACGUGGUGGAGCAGUGGUUCGCAAACAACAGCUUGUAGCCCUCAGUCCGUGGUCACCUGGCCCUCAUGGGAGAGGCCUCCCCGUGCAUCUGUCCCAGUGGCCCACUGUGGGGGCCCCCACUCCUGAACAAAGCCCUCAGCCAUGUUCUCUCCACUCUGUGCAUGGUGCCAACCCAGCUCCUGAUGGCCGGACGGUCCGAGCACCUCCCAGCCCCUGCCCCUCGUGCCCACAGCACUCAGGGCCCUGGGGCUGACCUCAGGGAAGCCCGGCUCUAAGGCCAGAGCAACAGAAGCCCUCAGUGGACCGUGGACGGCCUUGGGGAGCUGCCCUGCGCCCUCUCUUGCCUUCCCAUGAACACCCUGACCCUGGGGACUCCACAGGGCACCAAAUCUGUAUAUUUUUUUCUAAGAGAAAAUGUAGAUAAAGGAUUUCUAGAUGAGCUUCUGGGCUCAUUACCAAA